UCCCUCCGAGCUACUUGCAAACCCACUCGUACCCCACUCAGCUCUGUCUCUCUGUCUGAAGAGUGAAGAGCUGCCGGAAAUGUUGCUCGGUAAGAGGCCGCGACCUCCGAUGAGUCGAACCAUCAGUAUGACGGAGUUCGCCGCCGAUUUAGAACUGGCCGACGAUUCUCCGCUGUUGUCCGAUGAAAAUAUUCCGGCGACGGUCGCCAUCAAUCCGCAUCAGCAGCUUCAACAUCUUGAAUCGAAGCAGCCGUGGUGGCCAGGUGAUUUUCCGGUUGAGUGUAGGCAGAGAAACUAUAAGUGGGCUUCGGCUACCGCCGCGAUGAUCCAGCCGCAAGGACCGCGGAGGAACUCCGCUGAUUUUGCGGCAGCGGUUGAAACGGCGCCGUUUCUCAGGUCCUGUGGUCUCUGCAAGCACAGCCUCAAUCUAGGCCGCGACAUCUUCAUGUAUAGGUAUUCUCAGGACAUCCCGCCCUUAAAUUUUUUGUGAGAUUUUUUAGCAAAUUAAGUCAAACUCACACACAUCUCUCAUACAUAAGCUUCGAUCCCAAAAUCUCUGAGAGCUAUCAACAAGAGAUCAAGCGAGCUGCAUCCGUCCUUAAUUAGUACAAGCCUUUUUUCUCUGGUUUCUUGGUGUCUUGUCGAUUGAUUUACUCUGUAUUUGUUUCUUAUUUUAGGGCUGUUCUGUAUCCUAUUUUAAGUAGGAUUUAGGAAGAUUUUCUUCAAAUCAUGCUAAUGGGAAUUUUAGUGACAUUAAUACUGCUAUUUUGACAAACUUAUUGUCAACUUUGUUAUUGAUUUCA